UCGAAAAAUCAAAACAAAAAUUAGUCACUGCGGCAGUUUUUGCUCUAUACGCCCCGAGAAUUUGAUUUUUGAUCUAAAAAGUCACUGGAACUGGUCGGAAAUAUGUUUACCCAUCUAUCCGGUGGUCGCGUUAAUAUUCAGCUGCUACAGGAAGCUGCGGUACGGGAGUUGGUUGAGAUACUGGACCGCUGCGAGGGAACUAAAGCAAUUAUCUGGGAUGAAUCCCUUGGUGGACCGGUUGGGCUCGUUGCCCGGUAUACAUUCCUCAAGGAACAUCAUGUCACAAAGAUGUAUCCGCUCCGGCCGGAACCUUGGACGGAAAUCGACGUGAAGAAUAUUAUCUUCAUCACUCGACCGAACCAAACCCAUAUGGAUUACAUUGCCAACAACAUUCACGAGGAGGAGCGAAAGAAGAAAAUUUCCAGGAAGGAAUAUUAUCUAUACUUUUUGCCGAAGAAAUCGUUCCUCUGCGAGAAGCGACUCCAGGUCAAGGGGGUGCAUGGGAGUUUGGCCUAUAUAGGUGAAUUCAAGUGCGAAUUCUUCCCCUUCGAUAACGAUUUGCUGUCGAUGGAGCUGAGAGAUGCCUACAAGGACCUGUACCUGGAUGGGGACACUUCGAGCUUGCACCAAUCAGCUUGCGCUCUGAUAGCGCUGCAAAAACUUUACGGACGUAUUCCGAAGGUCUAUGGCAAAGGCAGUUGCGCCCAGCGGGUCUGGGAGCUGACCAAAACUAUGGCCGAUGAGGACGAAAGCGUGCUGAGCAACGAUAAAGGGGUCAUCGAUCAGAUGAUUAUUCUCGAUCGAUCUAUCGAUCUGAUGAGCAGUUUGGCUACUCAACUGACGUACGAAGGGUUGAUUGAUGAAAUUUUCGGAAUCAACAACACUACGGUGAAUCUUCCGGCGGAUAAGUUCAGUUCCGGGGAAGGAUUUAAUAUGGAGCGUAACACUGAGAAAAGUCAGUUCAUUCUGAAUUCCAAAGAACAGUUGUACGCCGAGUUGAGGGAUAAAAACUUCAAUGCUGUAGGUGCCGUUCUUUCAAGACUGGCUAAAUCAAUACGUUCCAGGGCUAAUGAAAAGCAUGGUGAGAAGUCAAUUCAGGAACUGAAGAAAUUUGUCGAAAGCUUACCACACAUUAAAGCAAACGAACAAUCCCUAGCGACUCAUACAAAAAUUGCCGAACUGGUAAAAGAAGUAAUUUCUUCAGAUGCAUUUCUUGACGAGCUAGGAUGCGAACAAGAGUUCAUGAUGUGUUCGGAUGUCGAUAAACCGAAUCCCUUUAUCGAAGAUCUAAUCGCCAAGGAAGCCCCUCUCAGAAGUGUUCUUCGUCUGAUGUGCAUGCAGUCGAUUGCAGGCUCAGGCCUCAAACCCAAAGUUCUCGAUUAUUAUAAACGAGAAUUGUUGCAGGUGUACGGUUUACAAACUUUGCUUACAAUUGGAAACCUAGAAAAAGCCGGAUUGCUAAAAGCUCAAACCGGCACUCGAACAUACGCCGUACUUCGCAAAACUUUAAACCUGACCGCAGAAAAUCCCGAAGAAGUUUCACCGAAAGACAUAACUUACGUUCACAGCAUUUAUGCACCCCUCUCGGUGCGAAUCGUAGAGCAAUACUUGAAACCAAAUGGGUGGCAAUCUUUAAACGAUGUCCUCUCAGCCCUUCCGGGGCCCACCUUCGAAGAUUUCCAAACGGCAAUGGCUCUCAACAGCCGGCGAGGCUCGUUUACUUCGGAAAUUUCUCAGUCCGAUAUUCCCCGGGUCAUUGUGGUGUUCUUCGUGGGUGGAUGCACGUUUGCGGAAAUAUCUGCGCUCAGAUUCUUGGCCCAACAGGACGAAAAUAAUGUAGAGUUUGUGAUCUGUACGACUAAGUUAAUCAAUAAGAACAGCUUCCUUGACUCGUUCAUUGAAAAAGUUAAAUAAACUGUAUUUAUCAAAA